CUUCCUAGGUUAAUUUAAAAGUUCUAGAUUCUCCUUUAUAUUUUUCAGUUAAUCUUUUCUACAGAAUGAAGAUGUUGUACUAUCUGCUUCAUUUUUUGAGUUUUAUGGCCUUUAUUCUACCAGCCUCAUGUUCUUUUGUGGAAGCUGAUCGUUGCACAAGAUGGAAAGGUUCGUGUAGGAGAAAAUGUCUCUUGAGUGAAAAGCAUGUUGACAUAUGUCCCACACGAAGCAAGAUUUGCUGUGUUGGAAGGUCAUUUUUUGAGGUUUAAUAUUGAAAAGAAGAUAUUCUUUUGAAUAAAGAAAUUGUGCACCUAUACAGAAAUUUUGAGAUUAUUUUAAAAGUCUAUGAAAUAAA